UACAGUAGUCGCGGGAGAGUACACGGAGACCAACACACACACACACAGAUUCUGUGCGAACUUCAUGCAGUAAGCAGAAGUGCAAAAAAUUAAUAGAAACUGAGAUGUACAAACUGGAGCUGCCAGCGGAUCGUACUCAAGCCGCUCACCUCGAGAGGAGACGAAACGCAGAUGUUCAGCGGCAAGAGAGGAUUUUCAACGCUAAAGUCAGAACGAUUGGAGUGGAUAAAGAAGCAUUAGAUUUCCAAGUGAAGGAAAAGAACAUAAAAGAAGACAAAGAAGCUAGGAUACUGAAGGCCUACGCCGAAGACCUCAUCUGCGCUGACAAGGUGGCCUGUUUGCUGGAGCAAAGGCAGAAAACGGAUGUGAGAAAGCUGUGCAGGGCCACUGAUGAGUUCCGGCACAGCUAUCAGAAGCCGGAGGACAGGCGGGAGUUCGAUCUGAAUGACCCCGAGCAGCUGAAGAAGGAAGCUGCAGGAGAUGGCUCGGGCCAGAGGCUGCAGGGGCUGCUGGGAGAGGACCUGACCCAGAAGGAGAGGCGCCGCAGCCAGCAGGAGCAGUUGAGAGAGUGGUCACUGCAGCAGCAGAGGGAGUUCAAGGAGGCCAGAGAAGACCAAAGAGCAGCAGACAGGCUUUAUGACCAGACUCGAGUGGCUCUGGAUAACUGUGCGCUGGAACUGCAAAAAAUCCAAGAGGAAACCAGGAGAGCCGUGGCUGUAUCCAUUAAAGAUUUCAACUUAGCAAAAGCUGCUGACAGAGCUGAGAAAAAGAAACUGGAAAAACAGCAAGAGGAAGAAGACAACCAGGUGGAGAUUUCCAACCUCCUGCAGGGAGACCUUCUGUCGGAGAACCCUGAACAGGCUGCUAGCAUCCUCGGCCCUCAGCGUAUUCGACCGGACACCUGGAAGGGGCUCAGGCCUGAGGACCUGCAGGAGAUUACAAACUUCCAGCUCCAGCAAGCACAGGACAAAAUGAGGGCCAAAGCCGAAGAGCGUAAGCAGGAGCUGGAGUGGGACAGGUACCAGGUGAGCUGUGCCCGUGCUGCCCUGCUCCUGGAGCGCCAGCAAGCCAGACUCAACAAACAGCUUCGCAGAGCCCAGGACAACAUCAACGCAAAGCUCUCGGAGCAGCAGCGAGCCCAGAGGAAGAGCCUGGAGAAGGAGGUGUACACUAAUGCUCCUGAUGAUCGCUACUUUGCACAGUUUAAUACAACCAGUCGAUGAAAGUGACUUUAAGGACAAUGCAGUUACCUUUUUAUCUUUUUAAUUUUUACUGUAAUGAGCUACAGCAAUAAAUCUUCAGUAAUAAUUACA